AUGUUCCAACAGCCUUCCCAGACCAUCCCAACGCAUGUUAAGGAAGGCUUUUACGCGGUGGAACUGAAUAGGACGGUAUGGAUCAUACCCGACUAUUAUCAGAAGCUAACGCCUGUUGGGAAUGGUGCUCAUGGUGCUGUUUGGUAGGUUUUUCAAUAAUAGGGGAGAAAUGGCAAGAAAUUUCUUUACAAAACAAAAAUAACAAAAACUUUCUUUACAAAAGAAAAAAUGGCAAGAACUUUCUUUACAAAAAACUUUCUUUACAAAUUUUAUUACAGUGCGGCCGAAUGCUUGUUAACCGGUGAAAAAGUGGCCAUAAAAAAGUUCACCAGGCCCUUCCAAAGCCCAAUUCACGCCAAACGAGCGCACCGUGAGUUGAGACUAUUACGUCUAAUGAAUCACGAAAACAUAAUUGACAUGUACGAUGUAUUCACACCGGAUCCAGAACCGAGUCAACUCAACGAUGUUUAUUUCGUUUCGGUGUUAAUGGCCGCGGAUUUGUCAAAUAUUUUGAAAAUUCAGAGGUUAAGUGACGAUCAUAUUCAGUUCUUGGUGUAUCAGAUACUGAGAGGGCUGAAGGUAAGAAUUUUGGUUUUGUUUUUACUGUAGUUUUUCUUGUCCUACCUUACUUUACUAUAUCACACGAUACUAUACCCUACCCUACUCUACCUUAACUACCCUACCCUUCCAUACCCUACCCUACCCUACCCUACCCUACUCCACCUUUCCAUAUCAUACCAUACUCUAUCAUACCUUACCCUACCCUACCUUGCCAUACCAUACCAUACUCUACCAUACUAUAUCCUAUCAUACCCUAUCAUAUCAUACCCUACCUUACCGUACCUUUCCCUAUAACUACUGUACAAACAUCUCUAAAACUCUUUACAUUACAGUACAUCCACUCAGCCGGAGUAAUUCACCGUGACCUAAAGCCCUCAAACAUUGCUGUCAACGAAGAUUGUGAGCUAAAAAUUCUCGAUUUUGGCCUAGCCAGACACACCGAGCAAGAAAUGACAGGUUAUGUGGCUACAAGAUGGUACAGAGCACCGGAAAUCAUGCUGAACUGGAUGCAUUACACACAAACAGUCGACAUCUGGUCGGUCGGAUGCAUCAUGGCUGAGCUGAUAACUGGGAAGACGCUGUUUCCUGGAGCUGAUCGUAGGUUUUCGAGGGCUGUUAGGCUUAGUUUUUAGUAGGGGGGAGGUGAGUAGGGAUUUUUUUGGCUUUGUAGGGCUGGGCAGAAUAAGGUAGGGUAGGGUCGUGUAGGAUAAUAUAAAGUAGGGUACGGUAAAGUGUGGUAUGUAAGGGCAUUUAGUUUAAUAUAACAAUGUAAAAUACGAUAAUUGCUUCAUUUCUUAAAUUUUAGACAUUGACCAACUAACCAGAAUCAUGAGUGUCUGCGGAACUCCAUCCGAAUACUUCCUUUCACGGAUAUCAUCAGAAGAAGCCCGCAACUACAUCCGCAACGUGCCACAAAUGCAACGUAAAGACUUUAAAGUGUUCUUCGCCAACGCCACUCCUCACGCCAUCGACUUCCUCGAGAAGACCUUGAAUUUGGACCCAGACCUGAGGUGAGUCUUCAUAGUCAAGUGGUUUUUUGCGGUGUCUUGCACGCCAAAGUAUGUGGGUUCGAACCCGGUCGGUCCGAUUUCUGUCAAUUGGGGCUUUUCGGUGCCGCAUUUGGUUCGUACUCGGACUAAAGCGUACCCACCUACAGUAAGAACAGUUCAGCAUUGGGUUGGUAGUACUGGAUUGUAAACUGAUGGUACACUUUUGAUUUUUUUGAGGAAUGUGUUAUGAUGAAUAUUGUUUUGAAAGAAAAGUUUGUGUUUUUGAGCUGUUAAGGGUAUGGUAGGCUACUGUAGGACGUCAUAGAACACUGUAGGAGGGUAUAAAUUACUGUAGGUUUUGAUAGUGUACUUUUUGUAGGGCUAGAGAAUGAUGUAUUAUAUAAAAAUAGGGCUCAAAGAUGACCUAUUGACUUAUAAUCAGAGCUAUAGUUUCAUAAACACCCUCUAUGAUGCGUGAGAAUUAGUAUAUAACCGUUAAUUAUAGGCUGUAUAGAGUAUAUAAUGUAGUAAACGUCAACUAUAGUCGAAAAUAAAUUAUAUAUUACACUAAAGACGCGAAACAGAAAGUUAUGACAAAAGAUCUUCAUAUAUUAGGUUGUUCACUUAAUUCUGCGCCCUCUCUCAAAACAACUUUGUGGGGUAAGGGAGCGCAAAAUUAUGUGAACAACCUAAUAGCAUAUAGAAAUUCAUAUAGCAAUAGUAUGAUACUAUACUAACAUAGAUAUUGUUGUAGACCAAACGCCGAGCAAGCCAUGGAGCACCCCUAUUUCCGCCAAUUCCACGACCCCAACGAUGAGCCGGUAGCCGAACAGAUCUACUUCGAAAACGACGGUGAUUACAGUAUCGAACAAUGGCGGGAUAUGGUAUGGAAGGAGAUUUUCGAAUUCCAAACCACUAGGGGGGGCACAACGCCAGAACAUGGCGAAGGCGUGGUACGAACAUAG